AUGCAAGAUUCCCAUCAAAUCCACAAUUGCCAUUUUCUGAUGUAAGUUUAAGAAUAGGCGAAGAUUUUGAGAAAAAGAAUGUAGAUGUUUCAGGCUUUCGAAAAAAAAGAUGUUUCGUUUGGAAAGGACAUUGAAAGAGAUUAACAACUUUUCACGGAAAGGACCAGUCAAGUUAGUUUAUUUUGAGGUUUUGGGGGGGGGGAACAAAACUAACAGGUGAGAUUUGAACUUCAUUGAAAAAUAUUGGGUAAAGUUUUUUAUUCAUAAUCACUUUGAAAGUUGUUUAUAAAUUACUAAAAAAAUAAUUUAUUCAAUUAUAUUUUCAAAAAGUAUUUUCUUCUCCACCAAUUCUAUUUUUGAUCCGAUUUUUUCACAUUUUUUGCUGCCUUUUUGAUAAUUUUCAACAUUAUGGAAUCUUCGGUGUCCUCCAACAAAUUCAGUGGUGCAUGUGUUUGCGUUUCUCCAAAUUCGUCGACAUAUUUUUCCGGUUGGCACAGGCAUAAAUUCUUGACUUUUUUAAUUCAGAAAUACCUGUCGCAGAAAAAAAAUUCUCGCGUGAAUCGGGAGGCGGGAUUUAUUUUGCAAGGUGCGGCACGUUUUUUUUUUCAAUGAAUAAUUAUUUCUGAUUUUCUGCAUUUCGAAAUUUAGUGGAGAAAAAAAAAGAUGAAAUCGAAAAAAAAUUAUUUAAAAAACGUGGAACGUGUAAUCGUGGCAGGGGCCGGAGUCGACAGGAAAUAAAGACAGAAAAAUAUGCCUGUGGGGAAUACGUUUCGCCAGGCUGUGAAAUUAUUUUUUACUCUUUUCUUUCAUUCUUACCGAACAUUCACGAAUUGUUUUCAUCAUAAAACUUUCAUUUCUGUCGCCAUCUAAUGUUUCACCGAAGUCAUUCAAUAUUUUGCUCGGUUGAUAACAAGCCAUUUUGUCCUCGUUUUCAGAAUUUGAUUUGAUUGUGCUUGACAAAAUUGACGUUGGCAAAACGAUGGUUGAGUGAUCAAAGGUGUCUUCCAAAUUGCGUUGAUCAAUCUGAAGCAAAUCGUUUAGGUUUCUUCACCAAACAUUUUUAAUUACCAUGUGGGUCCAGCCAUUGAUCUUGUUGUCAUCAUCAGGUGUUAAAUUGACAUCGUGAUAUGAUGUUAUAAAAUCCUUUAUAAUGAAGUCGAUUUUCAUUUUGAAAUAUCUCAUAAAUUUCAAUUUUAUGUCGGCUUCAAUCGGCUGAAACCACAAUCUAUUCAAAAACACGGCAAAAGCGGGCUGUAUAUCAAUAGUUGAAUCAAUAUUGUAUAUUGAUGCAAAUAAAUUCCAGAGCCAUAUUUGACCAAAUUGUUCGAUUGGGAUAUCUGAUCUUCUAAAUAAUGUUUAAUUAUAUUUUUCUAGAUGAUGGUUAAUUUUAUAAUUUGGAGGAAAUUGAUGCAAUUCAAUUUUUCGGUUUGGAGACAUGACUUUUUCUCAAUAAUUUCAUUUCUGGAUGAAAUUCUGAAUUUUCUUGUUUUUUUAACAGUGUUAAAAAUUUUCAUUCAAUUUUUUUUAGCUUAAAAGUUGGUUCUGGGGUGGUUUACUAAGCCUAAGCCUGAGAGAAAGUGUCAUUUAGGUCCCAACUCAUCGACUUCAUUUUUACAUUUUUGGAUUAUUCCAAAUCUGAUACUUUUUUUUGUUGACUGUAUACACGAAAAUAAAAUUUUCAAUUUUUUGUCAUCUACCCGCUCAAAUCGAAAUUUUCAUUUGGGCGGGUAUUUUUGUCAAACAAAAAAAGCUGAAAAAAACCACUCAAAAACGAGAAAAAAAAAACAAAAAAUAAAAAUGGCGUGCAAAAAAAUAAAAGAAAAACAACGAUACUCCGCGUGCACGUUGUUUAGUUUAUUUUGUUGUUUUUUUCAGUGUAGACGAGAGAGUGUGGGAAAUGGAGAGAGGGUUAGAGAGAGAGAGAGAGAGAUGUUUUUUAUUUGAAAAAAAACUAUUGAUUGAACGUUUUUUUCUCGAACUGAAUCAUUUUUCUAGGUUUUUUUCAGCGCAGAAAAUGUUAUUAAAGGGGCGAUUUGGUACAUUUUUUAAUUUUCUUAUUUUUUUAGAGACAACCGUCACAGAAUGCAGGGAUCCCAUCAAAUGCACAAUUGCCAUUUUCUGAUGUAAGUUUAAGAAUGAGCGAAGAUUUUGAGAAAAAUAAUGUAGAUGUUUCAGGCUUUCGAAAAUGAAGAUGUUUCGUUUGGACAGGACAUUCAAAGAUAUCAACAACUUUUCACGGAAAGGACCAGUCAAGUUAGUUUAUUUUGAGGUUUUGGGGGGGGGAACAAAACUAACAGGUGAGAUUUGAACUUCAUUGAAAAAUAUUGGGUAAAGUUUUUUAGUCAUAAUUACUAUUGAUGUUAAAGGAAAGUUGUUUAUAAAUAACUAUGUUUAAAUGAUUAGAUGAAGCUUUGAAUUACACUUGAUGGUAUAGGAUCAGCUUCCAGAUUUUAUUGAAAAACAAACUAUGAAAUGUUUCAUAAGUAGAUUAAUUUUUUCAUAGUUUUAUGCACGCGAUUUCCAGUUUGUUUUGAAUUUAUUUAUUUUUCUUUUAUAAUCUAUGUAUGUCUUAUUAAACUUUACAAUUUGUAUUCCCAGGCGUCACUUUUUUAAAAGAAAUCUUUUUUCUCACGUCAGCUUAGAAUUAGCUGCGAAAAAUAGGGUUUUCUUCAAAAUUUAGAAUUUAUGAGGAUUUUCUGACUGUUUCGCCUAGUGGGGCACCGCCCCUUCAAUGAAUAAUUAUUUCUGAUUUUUUGCAUUUCGAAAUUUAGUGAAGAAAAAAAGAUAAAAUCGAAACAAUUAUUUAAAAAACGUGAAACGUGUAAUCGUGGCAAGGGGCGGAAUCGACAGGAAAAAAGUCAGAAAUUUAUGCCUGUGGGGAAUACGUUUCACCAGGCUGUGAAAGAACAAAUAUCAAUAGUUGAACCAAUAUUGUAAAUUGAUGCAAAUAAAUUCCAGAACCAUAUUUGACCAAAUUGUUCGAUUGGGAUAUCUGAUCUUCUAA